CCAUCACAGGGCACCAUGCACAGACUCAUUCUCACCUAGUGGAAAAGUAUCUGAUCCAGUCCAAUUACUGGCAUUUUUUUUUUUUGGGGAUGUGGGAGGAAACAGGAAAACCUGGAAGAAACCCAGGUGGAGACUGGAAGAACCAUGUGCUAUUCCUCCUGUAAUUUUAACAUGCUUCCUUGUAGUAAUCUACUGAGAAAAGAACAGGAAACAUAUACUUGAAAAUAGGCAGAAAUGGAAUUCUAAGGGCAGGUGUUGGAUUUUGUAAUUCAAACUACACUAGUUUGUAAAGGAAAUACCCAGCUGCAUAUGGAGCAGGCGCGGUGUGGAUUGGACAGCCUGGCGCUGCGCCGUGCGUCCGGGGUUGUGCCAUGGGGUUUAGUCUCCAUCCCGCAGACAGCUUAGAUAUGAGCUUUGUGCUCGUCAGUACUGGACAGUGAGAUGGAUGGAGUGUCUGUGCCUCCAGCAGGCUCUUCUGAAGGCAGUGAGGAGCAGUCAUCCGAAAGGAACGCGCUGGCAUCCGAGGCCAACUCCGACUCUGAUUAUGUGAGAUCUGUGUGCAGCGAGUCGAGCUCAUUCAUCAUGGCUCGACCGAAAAUACCCAUGGAAGCGCCUUCCAAGUUAUGGAUAACCACCGUGUUUGUAGUCAUGGUUGUUCUUCAAGUCGCCUCGACUACUGGAUUAUUCGUCUAUCUCAAUAUGUCAGUGGCUCAGGCCCGGAGUCAGGGUGUGUCUGAGGAGCUGCGCUGUCUUGGGCUGCUGAACGCUCUGGAGAAAGAUCAGGAGGUGCCGGAUGGUCUGGUGCAGCUCUUUGGUGAACCAUGUAUCAGACUGGCUGAAGGAAUUAAGACUUAUAUAUCCAAGGUUACAGAAAACAUCAUCUCUCAGCACAUCUUUCAAGAAAGACAAACAGCCGAGCCCCGUCUGAAAGUUCUCACUGGUGGGAGCCAGCGGCCCUCCGCUCACCUCACCCUUCGAGACAAUGGAUUACAAGGCCCAACAUCUUUAACUCCUCAAAGAGACCUCCAUCAGUCCUGCCGUCACCCUGUACGUUCCUGGGGAAACCAGAGCUUUGGCUCGCACCUGCACAACAUGACGGUGUCCAACGGCCGGCUGCGGAUCCCUCAGACAGGACGCUAUUACCUGUAUGCUCAGGUCUACUUCCGGUACCUCACACUGUCCAGCAGUGAGCACCAGUCCAGUUCAGAGAGUCAGCAGGUGGUGCAGUGUGUGUAUAAGAAGACGGCCUAUGCGCAGCCCAUUCAGCUGCUAAAGGGAGUGGGCACCAAGUGCUGGGCCCCGGACAGCGAGAAUGCCCUCCACUCCAUCUACCAGGGAGGCAUGUUCGAGCUGCGAGCGGGAGAUGAGAUCUUUGUCUCAGUGUCCUCUCCUACUGCAGUGCAUGCAGAGGACUCGUCCAGUUACUUCGGAGCCUUUCGCUUUGACCUCUAAGCCCUGCUCAUUGGGUGUCUCUAUAGCGUUCAGUGUAUUGACUGUGAGAAAAAGGAAAAGAGUGGGUGGGAUAAGGAAGGAUCUGUGGAGCUUCCUGUUUACUCAGAAACCCUAUGAAGCGAGACCAAAUGAUUCAACAGCAGACAAAUGGACUGCAGAAGGCACAUGCAGCUAUUAAAACCAGAAGGAUGCUUCAUAAGGGGCUGGAAAGGAAAGACAAAAUGAAUUCUUCUAAAAGACCCAAGAUAAAACUCAUACUUAGAAGUCCUCGGGUAAUCACUGCUCUUUGCCAAGGAGCAUCGCAAAAGACAUGAGGUUUUUCCCUCAGAAAUGUGCAGUGGGACCUCGAAUGGGACUCUAAUGGGUGGUCCAGAGUUUGUGGGAACACAGCUGAGGAAUUUCAUGAAUUUACCAUGAAUUAGUCUGGGUGAAGAGAACCACAAUGUAUGGAUAUACAAACAUACCAGUGCUCACAGCUGGUGUGACAGAGAUUUAAACAGUCCAAGAAAAAUGUAUGAUUAAAAAAAAAAACCAGUUUGUCCAAAAAAUGAAAUAUACAUUUUUGCAUUAUGUCGAAUAUAGUCGAUUAGCUGAAACAUAUUUUGUGUGUGAAGUCUGCUUCUUUAGUUUCAUUUGCACUGGAGCUACUAGUCUAAUAGUCAGUGAAGCUUAUCCCCUUUUAGUGACGUGAAUUCCAGCUCUGUUCUGUAAGUCAGAUCAUUUGGUUCAGCUCACCAACUCACACAAAGGAACAGCUCAGAAGUUCAAAGGAGGUUUCCACUGAAUCAUUUAAGUGGUUACUAAAAAAGAAUGAACGAAUGAAUGAAUGAAUGAGUCAUGACAUUGCCUUCAUCUAAGAAAAAAAUAUCACAUAUGCGAGUCAAUUUGUUCAAGAACAACACAUCACUAAUACCCUCAGUUUAACAUUGUGCAUAAUGCAUGUCUAAAUCAUCGUACUUAUUAAAACAUUGUCAAGUCGUAAACAGACUUGUUUAUGUGGUUUCUGACACUAUCUCACACUCUUAUCAGUAAAAAUGGACAAAGGACAUGUCACAGCCAAAAGCAGCUCAGAGUCGUAACUCCAUCUUGAAGCCUCACUUGUCACCUUCUUCCUCCGCAUAUACGCUCACCAGCCACUUUAUUAGGAACCUCUCUCAGCAACAUUUACUUUUUAAUAUGGACUUCUAUUUUAUUCAAUUCGGAGACAACAGUAUCACAUAGUCAAAGGAUGUUUUUGAGUUGAGCGUGUGUAGAUACAGACAUGCUGCUGCAUAAUGCUAAACUGGUAGCCAUAGGCUUCCGAUAAUUAUUAUCUACAUUAGCCUUGUAACUCCAGUGCAGAACUAAAGAAGCAAAUGUAUUAGCUGACUACAUUAGGUGUGAGAGGAAAUUUGUUUAAUUUCCCUAUUGGCUGAACUGGUUGUUUAAGUUCAUAACCACAAAUUAAAUGAGAAAAAAAAUAACCACUGACUCUCUAAAAUUAUUCAUUUACUAGUAUUCUUGCUAAAAUCAUAGAUUUUAAUGUAAUUUGUCUUGUUUAUUUGGCAUACCUAAACAAAGUUGCUCUGUGCAGGAUAAACACAUGCUGAAAUAUCACCAGAUGUGGAAAAUCCAGCUGUAGAAAGCACUCUAUGCCCUAUAGCUUUUUUUUAUUUCAUUUCAUUUCUGGAAAACUGAAUGAGCCAAGAGAUUCAGUGGAAAAAAAAAGAGGAAAAUGUAGAAACAAACUCCAAAAUUGCAUGCUGGAGCCAUUCUUUCACAAAUGCACUUAGAAUUUUACAUUUCAAACAGACAUUGCAACAGGGGUGGAAAACAUUCUGAGAAAUUAUACGAAAGUGGAAGUAUAGGAAGUAUAGAUGUGUCAAAAUCUUACUCGUAUCCAGCCCAAAAUGUACUCUGUACGUGAAAGUUACAAAGAUGCUACUUUUAAACAUACUUAAGUAUUAAAAAUGUAAAAAGUAAAUGAACAGGAAUCUGAAGCUAUCAUGGGCACAGACUCACCCACACUGGACAGUUGAAGACAAAUCACCUGGUCUUUUUCAAGUCUUCAACUGUCCAGGUGUUGAACCUGAUGUGGUCUUCUGCUGUUGUAGCCCAUCCACCUCAAGGUUUGAUGAGUUGUGCAUUCUGAGAUGCUUUUCUGCUCACCAUGGUUGUAAAGAGUGCUUAUUUGAGUUAUUAUAGACUUCCUGUCAGCUCAAACCUGUCUGAUCAUUUUCCUUUGAGCUCUUUCAUCAACAAGGCAUUUCCACCCGCAGAACUGUCACUCAAUCAAUGUUUUUUGCACCAUUCUGUAUAAACUCUAGAGACUGCUGUGUGUGAAAUUCCCAGGAGAUCAGCAGUUUAUGAAAUAUUCAAACCAGCCCAUCUGGCAGCAACAUCCAUGCCACAAUCAAACUCACAGAGAUUUUAUGCAUUGUGCUGCUGCCACAUGAUUAGCUGAUUAGAUAAAUGCGUGAAUGUGCAGUUUUACAGGUGUUCCUAAUAAAGUGGACAGUGAGUGUAUAUAGCGUACAUGCUUUUUGACUGGAUAAGAGAAGAGACCUUUGAAAUUCUUAAGUAUUCAAAAGUAUUCAGUUUCAGAAACACGUAAGUAAAGUAUAAAGAACAAAUUCCUCAAGUAUUUUCCACCUCUGCAUUUAAGCUGAAACACGCCAGGUACUUUUUAAUGACCUUGAGUUCUGAAUUGUAAAAAGGCUCUUUAAGAAAAUAAAAUACUUUUUUUAUGUC